ACCCGCGCUCUCAAUCCCGAGGCGAGGCUCCAAGGAUUACCAACCCCCUAAAACCAGAUGUAGAAUGUUGUGAAGACAAGCAAAUUGAAACUGCAUGUUACAAACAGGUUGACACUCAACCACUGCACCACACCAGCUGGGCCCAAGGUUCUCUCUUCACAUCACAUUCCCACCCGUCAGCAUUGACUGGGACCAUGGGAUAGGAUGCUGCUUAUCUCGUUAUUCGUCUGUGUUAACUAGCUGAGUCCUACAGGUAUGGAUCUCUGGAAGCUGCUGUUGACCUUGGCAGUGGCUGGCUCAAGUGAUGCUUUUUCUGGGAGUGAAGCCAUACCAGCUUUCCUCAACAGAGCAUCCCAGAGUCUACAAAUAGUUAAUCCUGGCCCACUGACAAACUCUUCAGGGAGGCCCCAGUUCACCAAGUGCCGUUCACCUGAACUAGAGACGUUUUCGUGCUACUGGACAGACGGGGUGCAUCACGGUUUCGGGAGCCCAGGCGCCGUGCAGCUGUUCUACAUUAGAAGGAACACUCAAGAAUGGACUCAAGAAUGGAAAGAAUGCCCUGAUUACGUUUCUGCGGGAGAAAACAGCUGUUACUUUAACGCAUCGUAUACCUCCAUCUGGGUGCCCUACUGCAUCAAGCUCACUAACAAUGGUGGUACGGUGGAUCAGAAGUGCUUCUCUGUCGAGGAAAUAGUACAACCAGAUCCACCCAUCGGCCUCAACUGGACUUUGCUGAACACCAGCCUGACGGGGAUUCAUGCGGACAUCCAGGUGAGAUGGGAGCCACCGUCCAACGCAGACGUUCAGAAAGGCUGGAUCGUCCUGGAGUACGAGCUGCAAUACAAAGAGAUAAACGAGACCCAGUGGAAAAUGAUGGACCCUGUAUUGUCAACAUCCGUUCCAGUGUACUCACUGAGACUCGAUAAAGAGUACGAAGUGCGCGUGAGAUGCAGGCAACGAAACUCAGAAAAAUACGGCGAGUUCAGUGAGGUGCUCUAUGUAACACUUCCUCAGAUGAGCCCAGUGCCAUGUGAAGAAGAUUUCCGGUUCCCGUGGUUCUUAAUUGUUAUCUUUGGAAUGUUUGGGCUGACGGUGAUAUUUUUAUUCAUGUUUUCUAAGCAGCAAAGGAUUAAGAUGCUGAUUCUGCCCCCAGUUCCAGUUCCAAAGAUUAAAGGAAUUGAUCCAGAUCUCUUCAAGGAAGGAAAAUUAGACGAGGUGAACACCAUCUUGGCCAUUCAUGACAACUACAAGCCUGAAUUCUACAAUGAUGACUCUUGGGUCGAAUUCAUUGAGCUCGAUAUUGACGACCCCGAUGAAAAGACUGAAGGGUCGGACACAGACAGGCUCCUCAGCCAUGACCAUCAGAAAUUACUGAACAUCCUGGGGGCGAAGGAUGAUGACUCUGGCCGAACCAGCUGUUACGACCCUGACAUCCUAGAGGCUGACUUCCAUGCCAGUGACGGGGGUGACGGUACCUCAGGGGUCGCUCAGCCACAGAGGUUAAAAGGGGAAGCAGAUCUCUUGUGCCUUGACGUGAAGAAUCAAAACCACCCGCCUGGUAGGGAUGCUCCCCCAGCGGCUGGGGAGCCUGGUGUGGUCCUGGCAGAGGAAGGCAAAGCCAGACCACUUCCCCUCGGUGAGACCGAGCCAGCUCACCACGCCGCCCCUGCUCCGCUCCACAGUCCGAGUCCACUGGCAAACAUUGACUUUUACGCCCAGGUGAGCGACAUCACACCCGCAGGGAGUGUGGUCCUCUCCCCGGGCCAGAGGAAUAAGGCAGGGAUACCCCAGUGCGACGCGCACCCCGAGGUGGCCUCGCUCUGCCAAGCAAACUUCAUCACGGACAGCGCCUACUUCUGCGAGGCAGACGCCAAAAAGUGCAUCCCUGUGGCCCCUCACGUGGAGGUGGCAGCACGUGGAGAGCCGAGCUUUAACCAGGAAGACAUUUACAUCACCACGGAAAGCCUUACCACUACUGCCCGGGGGGCUGGGGCAGCGGGCCCGGCCCCAGGCUCCGCAAAGCCCGUCCCUGACUAUACCUCCAUCCAUAUAGUCCAGUCUCCCCAGGGCCUGGUCCUCAACGCCACUGCCUUGCCCCGGCCCGACAAGGAGUUCCUCUCGUCGUGUGGCUAUGUGAGCACAGACCAGCUGAACAACAUCAUGCCGUAGCCUAUCUGAUGUCCCCUGAGCUAAGUAUUUAAUGGCCAAGAGAAGGCUGGGGCAUGAAUGCUUAAACCAAAACCAUGUUUAAACCUUCUGGGACAGUGGGAGGGAGGGUGGGCGGGGAGUGUGGAUUCUAAAUGCCUUUUCCUGAAAUGUUGACACAUGAUAUUAAAAGAAGAAGAAGAAAAAAAAACACUUGAUCAGCUAGAUAUUCCCCCUUGUGAAUUGUAAAUACUUUCAAGAAUCGUCUCCAAGACUGUUUUGUGACAGUGAUCGUCUUGUUAUUGUGGGUGUUCAUUUUGUGAUGCUGAGCUCUGAGCUUUGAAUGGCUGUGUCGUUAAUCCAUCGUAAAUCAUGCUUUUUUUUGGAAAAAGCGAAAAAUCAGGUGGCCUUUGCAGUUCGGGAAACUUGAAUGCGAAUUAAAGCACAGGCUACUUUUUUACGUGAUUGGGAGCUAAAAUUAUACGUAAGAGAACAAAAAAAUAGUUUGGAUAUGGAAAAUUUUAUUUUGACAUAAAACUGAUAAAGAUAUUUUUAAUAAUUUACACUUCAAGCAUGGCUGUUUUUUACUACACUGCCCACUGUGUCCUGAAGUUCACGGGGACCAUCUGAAGACUGUAGCAACGACAGUCUGAAGCUGACCGAGUGCUUUGGUCCCAUGCACCUAAUGAAAACAAGUCAGUUUUUUACAAGGCCCUUUUGAUACCUCCCCAAGCUCCUUACACACGUCUACAAUGAUUGUAGUUACCCACAUCAUUGGAACAUGCUGGUCUUAGCUGAAUUUUUAAACAAAUAUUUGUUCAUUUAGAAAACUUGAAAAUGUUUGCACAGGCCAACUUUUCGUGAACCAAAAAAACAAACAGAAACCCCUUCCUGACCCAAAUUUCGGUUCGUGUCAGAGCACUCCGUACUAGAAGUAGGACUUAUAGCUGGUUCACACUGAGGAGGAAUAAGAAGAAAACGCUAGAAUCUGGGCAGCGGGCUGCCCUCAGACACAGCUGGGUUUUCUUCCCCAGUUACCUGAGAAGGGAAUAGGUACAGGAAGCACUUUGUAAGUCGAAGCAGGUCGAAAUGAAACUCACCGCAUAAUGGAGUAAGAAGUGUGAGAAAUAGGUGUUUGUUUCACAGACAGUAGCCAGACACAUACUCAUUAUUUAUGUGAACAAGAAACAAGAUUUUAAACCGCCACAGAUAACUCCCAGUUUAUUUGAGCCAAUUGCAGAAACUGCCUUCCUCACCAAACCUCAUAUAGGAUUUAUUAAAAUGGUAAAAGAAGUUUCAUCAUUUUUAUAUCCCCUCUGAGUGCAAUGAUUGGCCUCUAAGCAGGGGGUCUGAAGAAAAACAAGGGGCCUGAGUAAUUUAUGAUUAUUGUUCGAUCCCUUAGUAGCCUAACCAUCAUUCUUAGGACCACUGGGAUGGCUCCCCAAAAAGUGUAUAGAAAGAGAAGACUCUUAUCUCAAUGAAGAAUACUUCUCACACUAAGUAUUUUUUUAAAAGGUGAAUGAAACUUUAAAGUUAGCUUUAACUUCAAUAGUAUUUGCCAUUUAGCUCAGACCUUUUUAGGAAAUAGCCUAAUGGUUGGUAAUUUUAAAUUCCCUCUUUCUUGCAAGGACAGUGAAAAGCUGGAAUUGGGUGUUUAAAGUUCAACAUGUUAUUUUGUAAUAGAUGUUUCAUAGAUUUUCUGCUACCUUGCUGCUAUGGUUUUCAAUAAGAGCUACAUAAUUUAGUUUCAUAUAAAUUUCAUGGACGUAGAACCUAAUUCAACUUAAAACUGUGUGUUUGGGAAAACUAUCUUACUAUUUCACAAUAGGCUGACAACAUUUCUAUCGCCAAAAAUAGCUAAAUACCUCAAUCAGUCUCAGAAUGUCGUUUUGGUACUUUGCUGGCCACACAAGCCAUUAUUCACUAGUAUGACUAGUUGUGUCCUGCAGUUUAUAUUUAACUUUCUUUAUGUCUGUGGAUUUUUUUCCUUCAAAGUUUAAUAAAUUUAUUUUCUUGGAUUCAA